AUGACUACUUCAACUUCGUCCAAGUGUAUAUCAAUUAGAUUAGCCGGUGUGAAUAAAAUUGAAAGAGCUGGUCAAGAUCAUCCAUAUACCAAGUUCAAAUUCUUUACAACCGAUUCCAAAGAUGAUAUUCAUCAAGAAAUUUCGAAAGCCUUUUCUGUAGAAAAUUUUUCUUUAGUCGAUGAAAGAGAAGGUCACAUCAUCACUGGUGCUUGGUUUUCUUUAGAAAAUAAUAAUACUUAUAGUCUUAUCAAACGAGUUGCUAACGUGGCCAAGAAAAAAUGUGAUCAAGAAACAAUUCCUUGUAAGAGAUGUGUGAAAUAUGAGAUUGAAUGCAAUUUAUCAUCUGAAAUUUAA